AUGCCAAUGAGAAGAUCUACACGUGACUUUCAGUUCAUUAAUACCUCCCAUCCUGAUGAAAGGACAUUCCUGUUAAAGAAAUUAGACAAGAUCAAGGAGCUACCAGAUAACUCAUGUGAUAUAGAAUCUGAUAACAUCAUUAAGCGCUACCAAAGACGACCAAAACAGCUAGAAAACAUUUGUUUGGCUGAUUUUGUUGCCUGGUUCAAUUGUGUAAAGGAUAAUGAGUCGGACACUGUUUAUGGUGAUAAGUUUGAUAUAGGCUCUAACGACUUUAUGCCAGAAGCUUUUUAUGAUGUCAACACCAAUGAUGAUGACCCUUAUAAUAUGGAUGAACAACAAAGUGAACAACAGGAGCUCAAAAUGAAGGGUGGUAUGAAACUUGUUAAGAGAACAAAACCUAAAAUUAUUAGAUCUGUCCGAUUCCAUAUAAGCAAAGAUCCUGAAAAUCAUCACAGAGAGCAGCUUAUGCUUUAUUCUCCUUGUCGUACUGAGAACACAGAUUUGCUAAGAGGUUGUGAAACGUAUCAAGAACGAUUUAAUCAGCUCAAUGAACUAGUUCUCUGUAACAGACAAAGCUAUGAAUAUCACAGUGAAAUAUUAGAUAAAGCUAUGGAGGAUUUAGACAAUGACCAUUUGGAAAAUAUGAUCUAUGACAGUGUUGCUCCAAAUGCACAACAUAUUAAUGAGCAAGACGGUGCAACAAAGCAAAAACCAAGUGAAUUGUUUGGUUGCUUUGAUCCAGGGAAUAACAAACAACAUAGCCAAUAUGACUUGCAUGACGACAUAGGCAUUUUCCCUAGAAGUGAUGACCAAGAGGAGCUUCUUGUAAAACGCAUUUCAAAUGACGAAUAUCGUAAGCUUGUUCGCUCAUUGAAUGAAAAACAAAGACAGUUCUUUUAUCAUGUAUUACAUUCAGUAAAAACCAGCGAUGACCCUCUCAGACUUUUCUUGUCAGGUGGUGCUGGUGUUGGCAAAUCCACUGUUACAAAUGAACUGUAUGAAGCACUGAUAAGGUAUCUAAAUAGCAUAGCAGGUGAAAACCCCGAUGAGAUCAAUGUGAUUAAAGCAGCUCCAACAGGAAAAGCAGCAGUCAACAUCAAAGGAAAUACAUUGCAUGCAGCCUUUAAAAUACCUGCCAAUAAGGGAUUUGAAUAUUGUACACUUGAUAGUGACAGACUUAACACAAUAAGAACAAAAUUAAGAAAACUAAAAGUUCUAUUCAUUGACUACAGGGUGGAAAACUCUAGCAGACCUAGUAUUAUAUGGGUAUUAUUUCCAGAUACUGACAUAGGUAAAAAGCAGCGCAGAGAAAAUAUGCAUUUAUACAACACCAAAACCAUUAUAAGUAGGACAUGGACACCAAUUCUGGAAGUAACAAGGCAAUUCAGAAUAAAUCAGAAAAGUCAAGUACAGAUUCUUUGCAGACAGUUUCCAUUAAGACCAGCAAGUGCAAAAACAAUUCACCGUUGUCAAGGUGACACUCUAAAUGCUGCAGUUGUUGAUUUCCCACGCUCCACACAAGAGUACAUGCACUAUGUAGGUUUAAGUCGAGUCCGAAACAGUUCUAGUCUACACAUCAUCAACUUAAAUUAG